CUGUCGAAUUUUGGUUCAGACACUGGAGAGUGCGGAGGCCAGUCGGCAGAGAUCACAGAGUCACAGGCUGCCUGGACUAGAAGGUGUGCGAGGUGAGGGUGCUCUCUACCUCAGCAGGGCAUAGCCAUGGGUAACAAACACCCAAGUCUGGAUGACAUCCUCGCUGAGGAUAUGCACCACUGGUACAACAAGUUCAUGAGGGAGUCUCCAUCAGGCCUGAUCACGCUUUUUGAGCUCAAGUCCAUUCUGGGACUGCAGGGGAUGAAUGAGGACGCCACCAGUUAUGUGGAUCAGGUGUUCUACACUUUCGACAUGGAUGGGGAUGGAUACAUAGAUUUUGUGGAAUAUAUCGCUGCUGUUAGCUUGAUGCUCAAGGGGGAAAUUAACCAGAAACUCAAGUGGUACUUCAAACUUUUUGACCAGGAUGGCAAUGGGAAAAUUGACAAGGAUGAAUUGGAAACAAUAUUUACAGCUAUACAAGACAUUACAAGAAAUCGUGAAAUUUCUCCAGAGGACAUUGUGACCCUUAUAUAUGAAAAGAUUGAUGUUCAUGGAGAAGGUGAACUGACGCUGGAGGAGUUCAUUGAAGGAGCAAAAGGACAUCCUGACAUUAUGGAAAUGCUGAAGAAACUGAUGGACCUCACUCCAGUCCUGGUUAUUAUUUUCAAUGGGGCGACAGAAACAAGUCAAGGCAAGGGCUGAGUUUACUCCAUCGAAAGGACAAUGAAGAAAAUUCCCCUCUUGAAAAUGAAAAUUGACUUUGGAGGUCUAGCUCUUGAGGAUCAGAUGUAGCUUCCCACGGCAAUGGUGCAAUUCCCUCGACCGAAAGUUCACAUGAGAACUCUGACAUUUGCCCAAUCACGGUGAUCCAGCGGAGAUACAAAGCUUUGCAUCGGAGCUGUCCUCAGCUGAACAUUGAUCUUCUAAUGCUAUUAGGGGUUCAGGAGACUAAGAAACUGCUGGCAAGACUUACUGUAGGCCUGAGCAAUGUGCUUUUUAAGGAAAGGCUCAAAGGAGAACACUGAGCAUUCAUCUAGUGACUUUCAUUGGGUGAGCACAUCAUAUAAUCCAUGUACUUGUGCUUAAACUGUUUAUGGCAUCACUAGAUUGCUCUGAGAGUUAACUCUGAGUGAGUCCAUUGACGUGGCCUGAAUUGCCCUAAAAACUGUGAAUUAAACAACCUAUAGAGCAGUGGUUCUCAACUUGUUUCUACCUACAUUUUUUUCGGCCUACAUUUCAUCAAAUGGCAACCCAACACAGGAAAAAAUUAUAAAUCAAACAUUUCUAUAAAAUGUUGUAUUCAACAUAUUAUUACAAUGAACUGCAUUAUUGUGGCACAGUAAACAAAUUAGUAACAUGUAAAGAAAAAAUGUUGAACACGUCUUAGGCUUUGUUUACACGGAAACAAUCUGAAGAGAAAACGCAAAAGUGCCGUUGCGUUUUCACUUUUUAUUCUGCGUCUAGACGAGCGUAAUAGUUGAGAAAUCUGCGUGUAUAUGGUGACGCAAAAGUGUGUAAAUUUCCAAUGUAGUAUGCUCUCCAGGCGGCUAGGUGGCGAUGUGGAGCACUGCCACACAACAACACCAAGUCCGCGCGCCUGCGUACAACCUUCAAUGCGCCUUCUCUGAUCAGUAAUACUAUGUGAGAAUAUUUCGUACAACUGCAGAAAAGACUCUUGUAUGUUAAUCAGCAGCCCAUUCUCACCUCCAAGGCGUCACCUAACUGACACCUUGGGAAGCAUUUUGACCAUGCUUCAAUAU